GGCUUCUCAGCCGCUGCAGUACUGCUUAUCAUAAAAUGUUUAGGUAGCUUGCGUUAUUGUGAGAAGAUACUGUGUUGGGCGUUUAUAUCAACAUCUCUUCUCCAUCAGGGUCCGCGUAGCCCUCCAUUUCUUUCCAGCUGCCAUUCCUACCCUCUUCUCUCCAUUUACAACCGGUUACCCUUCAAGCCUUCCAAUAUGGGUUUCUGGAAGAGACUCACAGAGUUUCUCUUCAUCCACCGGUUCACAGACCAAACCAAGUUCUCUCAUACAUACUCCCCGGUUCAAGAUCUUUCCCUUGUUGAUGCUUUCGAUGCAAAGUCUAUUGAUGGAGCCUGCAACUCACCUACAAAUAGGAAGUGCUGGUCAACUGACUUUGACAUCUAUACCGAUUAUGAGGAGAUCAUUCCAGAGGGCAAAGUUCGCAAGUUUCUUUUGUACGUUACUAAUGAAAGGAUCGCACCUGAUGGAUACUGGGUUGAUCGGAUGCUGUUCAAUGGAACUUAUCCUGGACCGACUCUUGAGGGGAACUGGGGAGAUACUUUUGAAAUCACCGUCGUGAAUAAAUUGACCAACUUCAACGGCACUUCGAUCCACUGGCAUGGUAUCCGCCAACUAAAUACCAACUGGAUGGACGGCGUAUCAGGCGUGACAGAAUGCCCGAUCCCACCGGGUGAAAACUUCACUUACAGUUGGAGAGCUACACAAUAUGGAACAUCGUGGUAUCACAGCCACUUCAGUCUACAAUAUGCCGAUGGGCUAGCAGGUGCUCUGAAGAUCAAUGGGCCGACUAGCAUGAACUACGAUGUUGAUCUUGGACCAGUUCUCAUCACUGAUAACUUUCACAAAACUACCUUCUCCCAAGUCCAACUCGAAUACCUAGGCCGCCCUCCAGCUCCUGACAGCAUGCUUAUGAAUGGCAACGGAAGAUACUACUGCUGUCCCUCUCUAGACAAGAACUGCAAGGGUGACUCCAAACUCACGUCAUUCCACUUCGAGCAAAACAAGACUUAUAAGAUGAGCCUCGUCAACACCGCUGCUUCAACGCACACAACCUUUUGGAUUGACAGCCAUAAAUUCUGGGUCGUGGCCACUGACUUUGUCCCCAUUGAGCCCUACGAAACAGACAUGAUCAACAUCGCCAUUGGCCAGCGCUACGACAUUAUUGUCAAUGCAACAGCUGUGAAGGGGCAUAAUAGCAGAAACGUGAACUUCUGGAUGCACGCUCGCGAUUGUCAGAACGGCGGCGCGAGGUCCAAUCUUGGCAUCAUCCGCUACGACGCUACUUCAAAGUCCAUCCCUUGGACACCUCCCCCCAGACAGGAUAACAUCUGCUACGGGUGCCAGGACGAGCCCAGUGAGAAACUCAAACCCAUUGUGAAGCGUAACAUCACACAGCACAACGAGGACUACAUCAAAAACUCAUUCAAAGUGCAUCUCGUCGGGUAUCCCAACGAAUUUAAGAAAGACUCCGUGAUGCACAAAUGGGUCCUCGCCAAUUCGUCCUUCUAUCUUGACUGGGCAGAACCGAGCCUAAGUCUCGUCAAGAUUGCUUCUGAAAAAGGAUGGGAUAACCCUCAGUUUCCUGUUGGGUAUGAACCUGUGACUCUCGACUACAAGAAUGGAACGUGGGUUGCUUUUCUUAUCGAGGGCAAGUUUACGGAGUCGAUUCAUAAUUCUACGACAAAGGGGCACCGCAAAGUUUAUAAGACGCAAGCACCUGUUGCGCAUCCUAUUCAUGUGCACGGACAUGACUUUGUUCUUCUCGAUUCAGGAACUGAAGAGUUCAAUCCGAAAAACUUUACUCUUCAGCUGGACAAUCCCCCGCGUCGGGAUGUUGUACUCCUACCAGUCGAUGGAUACAUUAUUAUCGCCUUCCAAAUCAACAACCCUGGUGUUUGGCUAAUGCACUGUCAUAUCGCCUUCCACGCAUCGGGUGGUCUGGCGCUUCAGUUCGUUGAGUCCCCUGAAGUUAUUGGACCUAUGUUCAAAAAUUCGGGGAUCUUACCUACGUACUCCGAGACGUGUGCAAACUGGGCUGCGUAUUAUACAAUGUUUAACAAGCACAACAACGCGACUCAGGAGGACUCUGGUAUCUAGGUAGUGUAGCGGCAGAUCAGCAUGUCUGGGGCUCAGAGGCUAGCAAAACGACCCAUGACUUUUGAAGAAUGACCGGAGGUUUCGGGGUAUCAUUUUGAGCGGGGGUUUUAGCUGAAUGAAGUGCAUAAACUCUACCCAAAAAGAAAGGGUCCUCUAAUCCGAGGAAUUGAAGAAAUAAAAACGGUCUAAAUAGCGCUUGUCUCGGCAUGAACAAUUAUGACGACAUCUUUGUCAGCCCCUAAAAAUGUCUGUCAUUCCCGCGUUAAGUUUGGGUCACGAGCC